CUUCCUGGUCUACUUUCGCCUUCCGGGUCCGCUUCUCCCUGUCUGACUCCGCGCGUGUCGGUCCGCCAUGAGAGGCUACGAAGAGGUAGCGGUGAGCGGCUACGAGGAAUUCUCGGCCGCAGUCCAGGAGCGCCGCGACCGGCAGAUCUUUGCUUACUUCAGCGGCACGAAGGACCCGCAGACCGGCACCAGCUGGUGCCCGGACUGCGUCACCGCGGAGCCCAUUGUGCGGGCAGAGCUCAAGCACCUGCCAGAAGGAUCAGUGUUCAUUUACUGCCAAGUAGGAGAAAGAGCUUAUUGGAAAGAUCCCAACAAUGAAUUCAGAAAGAAUCUUCACUUAACUGGAGUGCCUACGCUACUUAAAUAUGGGACUCCUCAGAAGUUGGUGGAGCAGGAAUGCUUUAAACCAGACCUCGUGAGGAUGCUGUUCACAGAAGACUAAGUUGUUUCCGCUCUAAUGAAAAGCGUUUGCUACUACCAGCUGAGGACCUGACCAGAAUUCCUUGAGAGGAGACCAAUCACGUUUUAAAAUACAGACAAAUGAAGUUUGCAGCCUGCAAGCCAAUUAAGUUAAAUAAAUUUUUCUUUGAUUUAGUGAGUA